AUGGAGAAUCUGACAUAUAACAGCAUAAUUUUGCAAUUAGAAGGACUUAAGGUGUCGGAGCAAUCCAUGUACCCUGUUUUUCUAUUUUUCCUCUUUUUCUAUGUGAUUAUUUUGGUAACCAACAUUGGAAUAUUCGUUCUAAUAGCUGUACACAGAAGCCUACAUGAACCCAUGUACAUUCUCUUCUGUAACUUGCCCUUUAAUGAUGUAAUUGGCAACUCCAUCAUGGUACCUCGGCUGUUGGUGGACAUUUUAAGGCCACCAUCAGAGCGCUCUAUCAGUUAUGUUGAGUGUGCUAUUCAAGCGUUCUCUACACACACAUAUGCCACAACCUCUCAUACCAUUCUAAUGAUCAUGGCCUUUGACAGAUAUGUGGCCAUAUGUGAUCCACUUCGCUACAGCACAAUUAUGACUAACAAAAUGGUGAUCACAUUAUCAGCUUCAGCCUGGGGUGUGGCAAUAUUUUUUAUCUCCAUCUUGUUAGGCCUUACUUUUAGGCUUAACCGUUGCAGAACAUUCAUUUCAAAUCCUUUUUGUGAUAAUGCAUCUUUGUUCAAGUUGUCUUGUGAGGAUGUGUCUGUCAAUAAUUUGUAUGGGCUAAUAUUCACAGUACUGCUGUUAGUCUCCUCCAUGGGAAGUAUUGCACUUACAUACAUUAAAAUAACUGCUGUCUGCUUAACAACCAAGAGUAAAACUUUGAACAGUCGGGCAUUGAAAACCUGCAGCACUCACUUGGCUGUCUAUUUGAUCAUGCUCAUCAGUGGGUUUAUUAUUAUAUUAUUGCACCGCUUCCCUGCCUAUGCAGAUUACAGGAAACUGUCUGCCCUGCUCUUCCACAUCGUUCCAAGCAUUUUGAAUCCUGUCAUUUAUGGCAUGCAGUGCACUGAGAUCAGACAUGUCCUUAUACGGGUGCUGUGCUCAAAGAAAGUAAGGCCAUAACAGAUGUUCUCAAAUUAAAUACUGUAAGGGAAGCUUGCUUCAAACAACCUGCACUGUAAACAGUGGUAAUAAGCAAGUGUUACCUGAAAGGGAUAGUUGACCUAUUUUGCAAUUUACUCACCCUCAUGUUGUUCCAAACCUUUAUUGAUUUAUUUUUUCCAUGGAACACAAAAGGAGAUGUUAGGCAGAAUGUUAGCAUCAGUCACCAUUAACUUUUAUUGUAUGGAAUAAAGAUGAAAUGAACAUUACAUCUCCAUUUGUGUUCAAUGGAAAAAGCAAAGACAUAAUUGUUUGGAACAAGUUAUUUUUCAAAAUAUUUUCAUUUUUGGGUGAGCUACAGUAUGUCAUUAAAGAGC